CAAGAUGGCGCAGGACCUGGACGAGCUGCUGGACGAGGUGGAGGCCAAGUUCUGCCUGGCCGAGCGGGCCGAGGCGAAGGAGAAGAGCAGAUCAACAGAAACCGUUAAAAAAGAAGAUGAUCUUGACACGCUCAUUAAUGAAAUAUUUGAGGAACCCAACUUUGAAAAAAACACUUUUAAACCAAAGCCUAGACUGUCAGACCACGCACCUGCCACAGCCACCAUCUCAAGCUUCAGUAAGCGCUGCAGCCCAGUGUACCUUGGGGGGUCGGAGACGCCCUUCGGGAUCGGAUCCAGCGUGUCCCAGAGGGCCUGCGACCGCCUGCGCUGCGUGGCCUGUGACUUCUGGGUCACCAGCUUCAAUGACUGCAAGUGGGACGAGACAUGUGAUUACCUGUUCUUCAGGAACAACAUGCCUGAGGCGCACAGGCUGCAGGCAAAGCUGGUGAGGAAGCCGGGGAGCCGGGCCUACGCCUGCCAGUGCCGCUGGAGGAGCGUGGAGGAGGCCACCGCCCUGCACAGCGACCCCGAGCUCCGCUGGGUCUGUGGGAAGCAUUAGCCAGCAUGGACUUGCCUCAGUGGCAUCACCACUGUGGGAGUGCAGUGGGGCCACUGUUGGGGACCCGAAAUGGCACAUGUCACUCAGCGGUCAGGGGCCAGAUGGACUUGAAAAGUGUGGGCCUCAAUUGCCAUGUGGGGUCGCUCUGCUGAGUCAUCCCCCUGCCAAGUGUCCCCCAUUCCCUGCCUCUGCUCGCUCUCUAUUAAACGGCAGCUGCACCCAGA